GGAAAACCUUAUAAUGAAAAAUCAGAUGUUUGGGCAUUAGGCUGUUGUUUUUAUGAAAUGUGUACAUUAAAUAAAGCUUUUGAUGCUGAAAAUUUACCUACACUUUUGAAUAAAAUAAUUAAUAGUGAAUAUGAACCCUUAAAGAAAAUUUAUUCCCAAGAAGUUCGUCUUUUGGUAAGGGAAAUGUUAAGAAUAUCACCACAACAAAGGCCUGCAUCAUCUCAAUUACUUGAUCAGGUUAGACAUUUAUGUUCCUCAAAAGAAAAGAAAAAUCCAAAAAUAAAUGGAAAUUGUUUUGAUAAAAAUGUAUUCGAUGGAAUUAAUUCAUUUUCUGCUUUAUAUGCUUUUGAUGUUUUAAAUUGUACACUUUCUUCUGUUCAGGAAUUCCCAAAAAGAAUAAAAAUUAAACAGGUUCUUUUAUAUUUUUGA